GACGAAUGGCUGGUGCGCCAUCCUGGAUGGCACACCUCUGGAAACAGGCGUGUCGUACAACCUCUGUUUGGACCUGGACGGUGCGGGGCCCCUGGAGUCAGGCUCUGUCCAGGAAGUCUUUGCAGCACCGGACCAGAUGCUUUCGAGUGGAGUGGAACCCUCUACAGUGACGCAGGGUGUGGACAUCCAACGCCUCCGCAUCGGCUGCGCCCUGCGAUGCUCAGAGGUCACUCAGGCCUACUUGGCCACAAGCUGCGAGGAGGCGCUUUCGCGCACGGCCGUGGCGCGGUACCUGGAACGUUUAGCGAGCCGAGACGGCUCUGCUUGGCUCCUGCCGGUGAACGUGAGCAGUUUCGAAAGUGGGCGACACUACAAGAUCUGCAUCGACCUCGAUGGCCCCUCGCCCGGCUUCCUGGCCGGCGACAGUGGACUGGAAGUCUACGUGAAUGGUGUGGUGGCAUUGGACCCCCUGGCUGUGAAUCAAGCAGCCGCACAGAAGAUCCGAUUCAGCUGCCCAACCUGUGCUGCCACAGCCACGGUCUCGAUGUAUCUGGCGAGAUCCACUUGCACCACACAUGCGAGCGAUCUACCGCAGUUGCAGCUGGAGGGCCAGAGAAAUCUGACUUUGACGCUGAAUGCUCAGAGCCUGGAGGUUGGCAUGAGCUAUCGACUCUGUGUUGACAUGGACUCUGGAAAGGCUGGUGAUGUGGGGGAGAUCUAUGUCUCUCCGAUUGUGAUGACGUCCUUCACCUUGGUCUGGGCGGCGGCGGCACGCGUGGUCUUUGAAUGCACCUUCUGCCGAGUCGAGUCUUUGGUGCACCUCUCGGCAGAUUGCCAGGAGCCUCUGAGCUAUCCUUAUCCCGCUGGCACACUGGUGCAGUCCACCCAGCGAACGCUGGUGGCGAACCUCUUCCGGGAUGAGUCAGAUCCCUCCCGCCUGGGCGUGUGGUGGUAUGCUGAUCUCCAGACAGAGGUGCUAACCGCAGGGCUGGAGUAUCAUUUGUGCUUGGAUUUGGAUGGGCAAGGAUCUUUGCCUGCGGGCGACACGGGCAUCCCUGUCUUUGUGAAUCCGGUCUCGGAGCUCUCUCAGGUAGUGAUUCGACCGGCCUUGCAGAGCUUCAAUUUUGUUUGCUCGGCGUGUGAGGUUGGCGUGGCCAAACUCUACUUGGCCAGCACUUGCUCAACACCUUUGACAGCUCAGAGCACCAUCUACCACGACAGCCCCUCGCGGGCGGAUACGGCGCGCCGCUCCGCGCUGGACGCUUCGUCGCUGCCAAAGGGCCGCCACUAUGAGGUCUGUGUGACCGCCAGUGUGGUGAGUGCUGCGGUGCCGGCAGCCACGCUGCUGUUGAGCCCGGUGGAGGAGGUCACGCCGUUAGUUCUGCGGCAAGUUGACACCGCUCAGCGCCUCUUGCUGCAGUGCCAAGGCUGUUCCAGCCUUACGGUCGCCCGGCUGUCCAGCAGCUGUGCCACUGGUGCCAGCGGCACAGAGAGCGCAGCUUUGGUGUUAGCCCGCUCUGGCAUGCUGGCGGACGCCGGCAUCACCAACACAGCGCCCACGCGCACGGCUGAUGGGUCGUAUCGCGCUUGGUGGAGCCUCACAGUGGAUGCCACCAGCCUUACAGCAGGUCUUCCCCACAAGAUCUGCUUGGAUUUGGAUGGCUUGGCGAGUGUGAGCCAUGGUUUCAUAGAUCUUGAAGAGCAGAUCUACAUCAGUCCGAUUCUGCAAUUGAAGACCAGCUCCAUCCGUGCGCAGCAGCAACAAGUCUUGUCCUUCCAAUGCAAGGUGAAGUGUGCAGGGCAAUUUGUGGGGAAUCCCGUGCUUCUUCUGGCCACCCAGUGCGACACGUCGGACUUCACCGGCACUGCCAGGGCGGUCGCUUUGCGCUCCACGGCCGCUGUCCCGAUCCGGGUGGAUCCUGUCAACCAACUGGCACAGCCCAACGGGUGGUACUCCGCAGCCAUUGAUGCGUCGCAGCUCACAGUGGGCCAGAGCUACCGCAUCUGUCUGGAUAUGGACGGUUCGUUGAAGAGCUUGGCGCUGGGGGACUCGGGUCUGAGCGUGCUCGUCACUGCCUAGACCGACGCGAAGGUGGCACGCGGGAUCGGCAUUUGACGGAGUGUCGCAGUAGAUGGGUGGUCCAUGGCUUGGUGAAUGGGUCAGAAGGUGCACAUUGGGUCAUUGGAUUUUGGAAGACCUCUCUCGUGAAAUGGUUUUGCCAUGUUUUCGC